CACCCGCAGCUGCGAGCAAAUUAUCCUGGAACUAUUUUUUCCUCCUCCUCCUCCUUUUCGUCGCGAAACGGAAAACCGCAGCUCCGGCUUCGGAGGCCCCAAAUCUCGGCGCCCCCCCCCCCCCCCCCCCCCCCCCCCCCCCCCCCCCCCCCCCCCCCCCCCCCCCCCCCCCCCGAUCGAUGGUCCGGCGGCCCGCCGACGUCCGCCCGUGAGCCUCCGCCCUCCUCCGGCUCGCGCGCGCGCGCGAUUUCUCGCAUUUCCCUUCUGUUGCGUGUUCUCUGUCGCGUUGCAUCUGUUCGCUGCCGCGGAUGGAUCGGGGGCAGCAGCAGGGCGUCAGCCUGCAGCCGCACCGAUUCGACCACCCCCGGAUGCAGUACCCGCAGCACGGCGGCGGCCGCAGCCGCGUGCCGCCGUUCGCGCGCGGCGGCCGCGGCCAGAAGCACUUCUAUCGGCAGCCCCCACCGCCGCCGCCGUCCAUUCAGCCGGGCGCGCCCGCGCGACACAGGUACGAGGUGCUCAUGGAGGCCGGCCGCCUCGCCGCCGAGUACCUGGUGGCCAAAGGCGUGCUCCCGCCGGCAUCGCUGCAGCGGGGCGGUGGAGCUGGGUGGGGUCAGAUGCCGCCCGCGCCUCCGUUGCCGCAGGCUCAGGAAGCCCCCGCGUUCUACGACUCCCGCCGGAAUGGCCGACAGCGUCUUGAUGAUGAGUACGGUAAUCCUAACCCCCGCUCACGCCGGAACCAUGGUGGUGAUUACAAUGGCGGUGACAAUGGUAACUACAAUGGGAGGGGGAAGAGGAAGUUUGGGGCUUACAACAGGAAUUCAGAGUGGGGCCGGGACAGGGAGAGGAGUAGGGAUUAUUUGGAUAGCCGGAAUUAUGGUGAUGAUGACGAGGAGGAUAGGGCUCCUGGGUAUAGGAGGGACCGGCGAGCCAGUGCUGGGAUUGAUGAGGUUGGGAGUAGUGUCUCGGGCGUGGCCGGGGACAGACCAACAUCGAAGCUGGAGGCUGUGGGGGAGUCAGAGUUGGAGGAUACUGGCUCAAAGGUGAGCUCUAACAGUAAUGUCAGGAAGGAUGUUGAUGUCGUGCAAGAGGUGCAGAAUGAGAAUGAGGCUAAUAAAAUGGAGGAGGAUGCUAAGGUGUCUGAUUUGGAGGUCGUUGAGAAAGGGAUCAACAGUGAGAGUAUUCAUACUAAUGCUUCUUCUGGUGUUGUUGAGGAGGGGGAGAUAAAUCAUUCGCCAGUGCCCUCAGAUGACAAGCCUGAUGAUGGUAGUAUUAUGGACGAGAAGGCUGAACAUGACAAGAGUUUAGAUGACAAGGCUGAAGAUGAGAAGGGAUCAAGCGUUGAAAAUAAUUUGCAUGGUGGUUGUCAGAAUUUGCUGAGCAAUUGUAAUUUUGCAAGAGCCCCAACAAGACCACGAUCAAUACCUGCUCAUAGGAAUGGAGCAUCAACCCAUAGAGAUACUGCAUUGGCCAAACAGGUAGAUCUGGCUCCUCCGAUGGUGAUUGAUGAAUCAGCAAAUGACAGCUCCUUGACUAAUGUCCAGGGAGACAAUAAAGAUCACCUUGUCUGCCUAGAACAUACUGACCCAAGUCUUGCUUGCAAUCAAAUGGUGGAACACGUGGGACUCCAAGAAGAAGCAGCACAAACUGAGAUACGAGAUGUGCAAGAACAGAACAGUACUGCACAACAUUACACAGUUCAGGAAAUUAAGGAGUGUGAUGGACUGAAUCCUACACUGGCUUCUCAGCACGAUUGUUCGAAGCUUCAAGUGAGGGAAGAAGUGCAAAUUUACAAUAUUGAUACACCACCACAACAUGAAGACUUGAUUGAUUCAGCUGAUAAAGGGAAAACAACAGAUAGUGUGGAAUUAUUACCUAAUAUCAAAGAUGAAGCUGUUGUCACGAUAAAACAGGAAGAACUUGGUCAAUCUAGCUCAUUUAAAAUAUGUGAUCUCAACCUCAUUGGUAGUCCAGAGCUUGCUGAUAUACGAAAUGAUCCUGGUUUUGGCCAGUGCUCCAAUGUUGUAUGUUCAAUGGAGGUGCAAAAUCAGCAGCCUUUUGAUUUUGGAACAACUGUGGGUAACAAUGCUAGUAACACUGACAGAUUUUCCCAAAUUCCGUUAAACGAUAAGGUUAUUCAAAUAAUUGAUAUUGAAGAUGACCCUCCAAUUGAACCUAGUGUGUCUGAUACUUUAAGACCAAAAAGUGAGAUGGUAUAUCCAAGCAUGGAUAAUAUGAUGAGCUCUAGUGUGAACACAAACAUUUUCCCUGGCACGCAAGAUGGUUAUAACAUCGCAAUUCCAGAUUUCCUUGGUGCUGAUAUGCCAUGCUACCCACCAUUACAUGCAGACCUUCAUGCCGAGAUGGGCCUAAAUGAUCCAGAGGUCAUUACUGUCAUGGAUGAUCCAAUAUAUGAUUCUCUAGGUGAUAUUGGUUUUAUGGAGGUUUGGGAUCAGCAGCCUCCGGACUACAAAUUCUUCUGAUGUGGCGCUAAAUCUUGCUGCUGAAACUGUCCGAGAAUUCAAUGAAUGAACAGAGUUGUUCUAGUAUAGCUGGAAAUAAACAGUUAAAUUUCUGCUGCAGCACCGGCAGCAUCUCACGGACACAACACGAACACACGUCCAGUCCAGGGUCAUCUUGGCCGCUCCGUGAAGACAAGGUCUGCACGGUUUGCUCAACCACUAGAGUAGAUGGUUAGUGUUUUGGUCGUCUGGACCUAGCGCACGAGUGUACCAUAGUUUCCACAGCAUUUUGUUCAUUUGUUCAAUGGUGUAUUCACCCCUAAAAGGAUUGUUCUUUUUUGUAUAAACAGUUUGAUAUGUCAUACAUAAAUUUAAAUUUGUUGUUUCA